AUGGCUCUCCUUAUGGAGCACCAGUUUAGGCAACUUCCAGCCGACAAACAAGUGGAAACCCGGCCAUUCUUGGAGUCCGUCUCCUAUCUUCCGCCAUUCUUCGACUGCCUUGGGUCCACGGUGUUCGCACCCAUCAAGGCGGACAUUGCCGGAAACAUAACAAAAAUCAAGGCUGUUUACGACAGCAAUCCCAGCAGGUACAAGACGCUUCAGCAGAUUCUGGAGGCGGAGAAGGAGAUGUACGGGACGGAAUGGCCCAAAGUCGGAGCGACUCUCGCCCUAAUGUGGCUGAAACGAGGACUUCGGUUCAUUCAGGUCUUUCUCCAGAGCUUAGUCGACGGGGAGAAAGACGAAAACAAUCCUAACCUCAUUCGAGUUAACAUCACCAAAGCGUACGAGCUUGCCUUGAAGAAGUACCACGGCUGGCUUGUUCAGAAGCUUUUUAAAGCAGCGCUGUACGCGGCUCCGUACAAAUCAGAUUUUCUGAAAGCCCUUUCAAAAGGCCGGGACGUCAAAGAAGAGGACUGCCUGGAGAAAGUGCGGCAGUUCCUGGUCAACUUCACCGCCACAGUGGACGCCAUCUACGACAUGUACACCAGAAUGAACGCCGAGCUGGACUACACCGUGUGA